ACUUGCCCCCGUUGGCAGUAUGGCCGCCGUCGUGUAGCCUUUUAGUGUGCUGCUGUGUGCUGCUGUCACAUGUACGACUGAAGAAUUACCUCGAUAAGCAUGUCGGCCGUACUUUUCCUGAGGAAGUCGCUUUGCAGACUGCCGCCCGGUGUGGCCGGGCAGGUCGUGAGCAGCUGUUAUCACACCGAGAGGGGCGUUUACGGAUACCGACCCAAGCAGAGGGCCAGGGAGCAGGAGCUGCAGAGCGAGCAGGUCUCUGCUCUAAACCAAGAUCAUGGCCUGGCCCGUCUGGUGGAGGCUUACAGGGCACAUGGACACAAGGCUGCUAAAAUUAACCCCCUGCUACCUGAAAAGCCAGUGGUUGACACCGUCCCGGAGAUAAACAUCCUGGCUGGAGCCGUAACAGGACAACUCAACACCUCAGGUUUACGACACUUUGGGAAGGCGCAGGCUUCGGUGGAGGAGGUGCAGGCCUACCUGCAGGAGGCCUACUGUGGCCACCUCUCAGUGGAGACCAGCCAGCUGAGCAGCCUGGAAGAGAGGGAGUGGUUCGCUGACCGCUUUGAGGAGCUCAAGAGACAGAGUUUCUCCCCAGAGGAGAGGAAGAACCUGGCCACGGUCAUGCUGGAGUCCCAGGAAUUUGACCACUUUCUGGCCACCAAGUUUGCUACUGUGAAGCGUUACGGGGGAGAAGGAGCAGAGAGCAUGAUGGGUUUUUUCUAUGAGCUCUUCCACCAGUCGGCCCACAGCGGAGUCACAGACGUCGUUAUCGGCAUGCCCCACAGAGGACGACUCAACCUGCUGACAGGCCUGCUGAAGUUCCCACCAGAGCUUAUGUUCCGUAAGAUGCGCGGCCUCAGCGAGUUUCCCGACACCUCUCCCUCCAUCGGCGACGUCCUCUCUCACCUCACCUCCUCGGUGGAGUUGGAUUUCGGAGCCGGGCGCCCCGUUCACGUCACCAUGCUGCCCAACCCGUCUCACCUGGAGGCCAUUAACCCUGUGGCUCAGGGUAAAGCCAGAGCCAGGCAGCAGCUCAGGAAAGAAGGAGACUAUUCCCCCGAAGAAAACGCCCAGCCGGGGGAUCAGGUCAUCUGCCUGCAGGUCCACGGUGAUGGCUCGUUCACUGGCCAAGGGAUUGUCCCCGAAACGUUGACCCUGUCAAACCUUCCUCACUACAGAGUUGGUGGGAGCAUCCACCUCAUUGUGAACAACCAAGUGGGCUACACCACUCCAUCAGAGAGAGGGAGAUCCUCUUUGUACUGCAGCGAUGUCGGUAAGAUGGUGAACUGCGCGGUGAUCCACGUAAACGGAGACGACGCAGAGGAGGUGCUGCGAGCCACUCGGCUGGCUAUGGAGUACCAGCGGCGUUUCAGGAAGGACGUCAUCCUGGACCUGAUCUGCUACCGUCAGUGGGGCCACAAUGAGCUGGACGAGCCUUUCUUCACCAACCCGGCCAUGUACAAGAUCAUCCGAUCCCGUAAGAGCGUGCCCGACUCCUACUCGGACCAGCUGAUCUCAGAGGGCCUGAUGACCGAUGCCGAGCGCGCAGAGAUCAAAUCCAAAUACUACGGCACGCUCAACGACAAGCUGUCUAACAUGACCCUGUACAGCCCCCCACCCACUAACCUGCAGGGCCGCUGGGGGGAUCUGGUCGAGCCCCAGGCCAGAGUCACCACCUGGGACACGGGCGUCCCUGUUCCCCUGCUGCAGUUUGUCGGGGCCAAGUCCGUGGACAUCCCAGAGCAGAUCCAGAUGCACAGCCACCUCGGAAAGACCCACGUACAGGCUCGGUUGCAGAAGCUGGAAGAGGGAACCAAACUAGACUGGUCGACAGCAGAAGCCUUAGCAUUCGGCUCUCUGCUCUCUCAAGGCUUCAAUAUUCGUAUCAGCGGACAGGACGUUGGGCGAGGCACUUUCAGUCAGCGACACGCGAUGAUCGUGUGUCAAGACACCAACGACAUGUACAUCCCUCUGAACCACAUCAGCCCUGAGCAGACGGGUUUCCUGGAGGUAUGUAACAGCCCGCUGUCCGAGGAGGCGGUGCUAGGAUUUGAGUACGGCAUGAGCAUCGCCCAACCGAAGCUUCUGCCCAUCUGGGAGGCUCAGUUUGGAGACUUCUUCAACGGAGCACAGAUCAUCUUCGAUACCUUCAUCUCUGGAGGUGAGGCCAAGUGGCUGCUGCAGUGCGGGAUGGUGAUCCUGCUGCCUCACGGCUACGACGGAGCUGGACCAGAACACUCCUCCUGCCGCAUGGAGCGCUUCCUCCAGAUGUGUGACAGCAAACAGGAGGGGGUGGACGGCGACACUGUGAACAUGGCUGUGGUCAACCCCACCACUCCCGCUCAGUACUUCCACCUGCUGAGGAGACAGAUGAUCCGAAACUUCCGCAAACCUCUCAUCGUGGUCGGACCCAAGACGCUGCUGAGAUUUUCGGGAGCAGUGUCCAGUCUGACUGAACUGGCACCGGGAACAUCCUUCAAGCCAGUGCUGGGUGACACUUCAGUCUCCGCACAAAGUGUCCAGAGGGUGGUGCUGUGUUCAGGGAAGCAUUAUUACGCCCUGCUGAAGCAGAGAGAGACAUCAGCAGCCAACCAGAACACGGCGCUCGUCCGCGUGGAGGAGCUCUGUCCAUUUCCUCUGGAGGCUCUGCAGCAGGAGCUCAACAAAUACCCCAAUGCCAAAGAGUUUAUCUGGAGCCAGGAGGAGCCUCAGAACAUGGGUCCCUGGACUUUUGUAGCACCGCGGUUUGAGAAGCAGCUGGCCUGCAAGCUCCGGUUAGUGAGCCGACCUGCUCUGCCUGCCCCUGCUGUCGGUAUCGGGACCCUUCAUCACCAGCAGCAAGAGGCCAUCCUCACUGCCACCUUCUCUUAACGUUUAUACAAACUGGAAACCAAAAUAACUAGAGCACACGCGUCAGUACAACACUACAUACUUACAUUGUAGCGCACAGGCUGCUGCACUCGUACAUGGGACCUUAAGACGGUUUGGAUGUACGCUAAAGAAAACAUAUUGUUCAGUAAUGUGAAAAUCACAACAAAGAGCACUUGAAAGACAAUAUAUUUGUACUCUUUUAGGUUUAAUUUCAGUGUUAAUGUUUGUGUUAAUUGUCUGUCUUUGCUCGUUUCUAACCCUUUCCAUCUUGCUCUGUUUGAACUUUCCUGUGUUCUUUAUUAGCUUAAGGUUAGGGGGCACCUGAAUCAAGGCCUUAGAGACGAUGUUUACAAGGUUCAUAAGGUAGCAUAAACGGCUACCUCCGUCCUAGACGUAGCAUUUGGGAAUAAUAUUCUGCAUGGGGUAAACCUGUCUACUGGCUUCAUGUUUCAGGAAGUGAAACUAUUUCAUGCAUGUGGAGUUGUUCAUUUUUGUACUGUUGAGAAGAACAAAUAUCGGUGUACAUUGUUAGAUAUCUCUGAGCAUUAACCCUGAAAUAUUUUUGUAAGAGUACUGGACUAACAUCACAUUCAAGAAGGAGAUGAAGCUGUUUCUGAGCAAACAAAGAAAUGUGUUACAAGUUUAUUCCACUAUGAGUCAUCCUUCAAAUUCAGACUAAAAGAGUAAUCUUAUUGUUGUCAUCACCAUCAUCUGUUUUUAAUCGCAGUUUAAACUGAGACUUGAAUUCAAAAUGAUUUCAUAAAGGGCUAAUGUAAAUAAACCAAAUCUGAAUAUUUUCAAAUAAACCUAUUUUCAUGUUUGUGCAUUA